AUGACCAAGCGCAAGUUAUCGUUCAGCGACGACGAACGAGCGCUGCCGGCGCCGGCAAUAUCCGCAGUGGAACUGCCGCUCGCGCCCUCCCAUCCUGAUGAUGGCUUCCACGACGAUAUGGUUGACGCCGCAGAGGCGCUCACCCAUCUCCACACCGUGACCCCGGUGACAACGCCGCCGCCGCAACAGUUGCCCGCUCAGCAGGUGCACCCCAUCGUGUCCCAGGUGGAGCGCCUUCUGAAGACGCCAUUGGUGCAAGGCGCCGCCAAGUACUACGAACUGAGUAAGCGCAACUACCCCCACUUCAACUACGCCGCCCGGAUGGUGGAGCGGGCGGCGCUCCCAGUGGUGCUGAAGAUCGAAGUCAACUUAAAUAGUCGCCAUCAACUGCGGCUAGAGGCAGCCCAGGUGGCGGAGUUUGAACACAAGUUGCGCCAGCGCGACGGCGACGGCAUCAAAAAGCGCCGUCUCUCCGAAGAUCUGACGGCGCUGAGUCGCCAAGGUGAACUCAAAACGGUGCUGGCGGAAACUAAGAAGCGUCUUCAGUUCUGUCUUCACAUUUUAAAGCUUGCCAAUGACAACAUCAACGACAAAGUCCAUUAUCUUCAGGAAGUUAUGGACGAGCGCGAACAGCGCCAGGAAGAGCUCGCUAAGGAACUGGUAGAAGCGAAGGAAAACAAAGAGAAAGAAGAGAAAGAGAAGGAAGCCGCCCGUCCUGAGGCCGCCGCCGAGCUGGAGAUUGUGUGCACGGUGAAGAAGAUCAUCCACCUCAUCCUGAACUUCAAGCCGCUGUCGCUUCUGACGGAGCCCCUCUCGCCGGUGCUGCUGCACCAGGCCAACCUGACGAUGGUGGUUGACAACCAGCUUAAGCUGACGAUCCGUGACAUCAUCUUACGCUUGCCGCUGCUGGUGGCGACCCAGCAGCAGCCGCAACGCCAAGACCGCAUUUUCGUGUUUGCUAAAGAGCUGCUUAACAUGAUCAGCAAGCUCACCAACGUGCUCAACGAACAACUCGAAAUGGCUGAGCACUGGAUGGCUGACGGCGACGAUGGCGGGGAUACCCCGCACGGCCCCACGCCGGGGCUGACGACCCCUGGGGGGAUGCUGGACAUCUCGCGCGUCGACUCGCAGCUGACAUUGGCGUCAGCGCUGGCGACGGGUCCGUGCAAGCGGAUUCUGAUUGACGAUUUGACCGAGUCUUAG